AUGAAGUACGCAUCCGUCCUUACCCUCGGCCUCGCAGCAGCGGCCUCUGCGUCCCUUGCCGAGCGCGACGCCGGGCCGUACAAGAAGGUGAUUGCGUCCAUCACCACCGCCGUCAACAACCUCGACUCGGUCGUGCAAGACUACUCGGGCGGCGACAAGCAGCCCGUGAUUGAUGCGUCCGACGCGCUCGUCAAGGCCCUCGACGACGGCAAGACAACCAUUGACGGCCUCGACAACCUCACCGCCGGCGACGCGGGCCCACUGAUGGGCGAUCUGACCUCGCUCAGCGCCAAGAGCCAGACGCUGACCAACGACCUCAAGGACAAGCGCGGCGACGUGGAACAGGCGGGCGAGUGCGACGCUGUGCGCUCGGCGCUCGCCGACAUCAACACCAGCGCGCAGAGCCUGGUCGACGCGGCCGUCAGCAAGAUCCCCAAGGGGCUGCAGUCGAUUGCGUCGGGCUUCGUGUCCCAGUUUACCAACGGGUUCAAGCAGACGCAGGAGUACUUUUCGACCUCCAACUGCCAGAACGGCGGCGGCGGCGGCAACAACGGAACUUCAUCUGCUGGAAGCGGGGGAAGCGGGGGAAGCGGAGGCAGCUCAACGGCCUCCAGCUCCUCGACGGCCUCGUCCACUAGCUCCCAGACGGCGGCAUCUCCCAGCGGUGCCAAUGCCGCUGGCAUGCUAGCCCCAGUAUGGGCUAUGGGAGCAGUUAUGGGCAUUUUCGCUGUGUACUAUUAA